AUGGCCAGCAUUGCAGAUGUAAUCAUUCUGUCGUCCUCUCCAAUUCCACCGCGGUCACCAGGGACAGCUAGGCUUGAUGUAAAGCAGGUUUCUCACCUCUUGCCACGAGGUGAAACGCCACCAUCAAUACGCUCGACGGCCGAUUUUUCCAAAACCCAUACGCGUUCCCGGUUUUUUCCCACUCCGAUCGCGAGCACCAAUUGUCCCGAGGACGUGACGAAGCCGAGAAAGCGACCGACAAAGAAGGAUCCUACUACAGAUACCAACAACAAAACUGCAUCGAGCAAACCGCGGCAGAAGGCGAAGAAAGCCGCGGAUGCACCAGAAACAAUUGCGCAUGGGCACCCCCAACCAGAGACUCUUGGCACAAAAGACGAUGCAGUGAAAACGACCAAAGGUCGUCCUCGCAAGAAUGCCAAGAGCAAAGAUUCAGGAAACAUGACUCUGGCUGGGAAAGUCACGAAAACAAGCGGCGAUCCACCAGCAAAGAAACCCAGCAAAAGUGGGAAGAAGACGGUUGCCACAAAAUUAUCCUCCUCGGAAGAUGUGCUUGCGAAAGUUACUCCCAAGAAAUCAAAUGCUUUGGAAAAGGAUGAGAUAUUGCAUUUGGACGAGGCAAUGAGAAGAAAGAUAGACUGGACACCACCAAGGGAGACCGCUUACAAGGAGAUUGCUACAAGGAACUAUGGUGGCAGCCAGGAGAAGGAGCGUGAUCCGAACCUUACGGGUGGGUUUGGCAAGCUGCUAUCCGAUUAUAAUUACUCCGAGUCAGCUUUAAAUCCUCGCGAUCUUGUGCAGGAUGCGAAUGGCGGAGGACCAACAAAACGUCGACGGAUAGAGCUGGUCAAUCCUGAAAUCCAAGCAUUGCUCAAUGGAAGGUACUCUGAUUCAACUGAUCAGACAGCUGCUCAAGGAGAGAACAUGGCAUCGACUCAGCCCAAAAAAACAACAACCAAGGACAAGCCUAAGAAGUUUACCACCUUGACGGCGCGCAUGACUGCGCAAUAUUCAACAAUUGAAGCAGAACAGAAUGAGCCGGUGAUUGAUUGCCUCCAGGACAUGGGAACGACAAAAAAAAGACGAAGAAAGACCAAAGAGACAGAGAAAGAGUCUUUGUUCACUGUGCUUUCCCCAGAAGCAGCUGUCGAAUUCCUAAAUGAUCAAGAGCUUGUAUUUGGUACCUGCAGUCAAUUGGAAAGAGACGAUUCGCCGCAGACUCUGCGAGAAACCCAGCAAGCCAUUUGUGCCUCCGAAUGUUUGUCAUAUCCAGAGGGGACGCGCAAUAAGAACUCCAGGGCGAUCCAAGAAUCAUCUACUCGUUCUGUAUCAAGGCUGGCAGGUACCAGAAAUCUGUGGUGUGUCGGCGCCAGAGACACCGAGGGAUCUUUGAUUCAACCAGAAAUACUAAACAUGGUUGACUUGACGGGCGAGGGAGAACCCCCUGUAAAGAAGAGGCAUGAAAAUGUGGAACGAGCAAGCUACAAACCUCUGCAGGGGGGCUGGUUUGAGCUUGAAUUUGCCGACAUAGAUUCACCCCCAGCACAGAGACCAUCAUCGCUACCAUCGACCGAAAGGGGCUUGGAUUCUGAUACGCAGGCUCAAGCUUCGGUCCAAUCCCCGGCACCUACAGCUACAGCUACGGCCAUGCCAAAGGCUAGGGCCAAAGCUGCAAAGCCUGCAAAGCCUGCAAAGCCUGCAAAGGGACCCGAUAAUACCCCGACUGAAGCGGUUGGUUCCCUGCCAACUGCGUCGCAGGGGCCCUCAAUGCCACGAUAUACCGGAUUUACAGACGCAGAGUUGUCUAAACAGGUUUCCACUUAUGGCUUCAAGGCAGUCAGGGGUCGCAAGAAGAUGAUCGAUCUCCUUCAACAAUGUUGGGAAUCGAAACACGGUAGCAAUGCUACUUCUGGUAGCCAGAUUAACUCUGACAGCCAACCUAUAUACCAACCCGAGCAACAGAAAGAAUCUGUCUCUAAAAUUGACCAUGUUUCAAAUCCCGCCUCGGAUGCGAAGGUAAAGGCGACGGUGAAGUCUAAAUCUGCAAUAUCUGUAGAGAACCGAAAGUCGCUCGACGCGACAAAAUCACCUUCUGCCUCGCAAACCAAUCUCCAGACAGGCCCAAAGAAAAACUCAAGAACGAAGCCUAUCACUGGGGCCUCUACAUCGUUUAUUGAUGUAGAAGAGAUCCAAGACUCAGAAGAAGAAAUCGUUCCCUCUCCAAGUCAAGUACAAAAGCACUAUACCGAUAUCUAUUCAAAAUCCAACACAGGCAGCCGGGUACAACACCACUCCUUGGAUAUCCUCACGAAAACACCAUCACCAAGUCCGACUAAGCGCAAGGUUGUUUCUUCUAAGAUUUCAGUCAAAAGACCAUCAUCCUCUGCAUCCAUCACAACCACGCGCACAGCAGAAUCCUCUAAAGAAAUCAGUCUGGCAGAUCUAUCUGCACAGAUUACCCAAGCUGUUCGCGUCCAGCCUCGGCUCUCGCCACUGUCAACGUCUCGUGGUAGCCGUGGUCGACCCACAUGGCAUGAAAAGAUCCUCAUGUAUGACCCUAUCAUCUUGGAAGAUUUCACAGCAUGGCUCAAUAUCGAGGGGCUUGGACUUGUGGGUGAGGAUCGCGAGAUUGGCACUGCAUUUGUCAGGGAAUGGUGUGAAAGCAAAGGAAUAUGUUGUUGCUGGAAAAAGAAUGCCAGUUGGUAA